CUUGCGUUGAACAAGACUAUUCGUACAUUCGACUGUUCUUCUCACUUGUUUGGAAACAAAGGCGCUUUUGCUCUCGCCAACUUGAUCACUAUUAAUGAUACACUCCAGAUGAUCAAUUGGGAUGAGAAUGCCAUUGGAAUGAAUGGCAUCAAGGCUAUUGCAGAGGCUCUUAGGAUGAAUCACUCUCUUUCCGAAUUCAAGUUCCCCAUUAGUGAUUGUGGCAAAUUGGAUAAUGUCGAGAACGUCAGAGAUGUCUUGAGUCAGAUGGUAAGUUCAUUGAACCUUGUUAAGCAAGCGAAUUCAAUGGGUUCAAAGUGA